UGACAUAAUGGAGAAUAUGUUUUAUUUUAAGCAUGGACUUGGUUUCAGUCAGGAAUAAACACAGAUGGUGCCCACAACCCAGUGACAAGUAGAAGACUCCAGAAAGGUGAUAUCAUCAGCAUAAAUUGCUUCCCUAUGAUAGCUGGGUAUUACACUGCACUGGAAAGAACGCUGUUCUUUGAUCAUGCAUCAGAUGCGCAUUUAAAAGUGUGGGAGGCAAAUUGCAGGGUGUUGAAACGAGGACGGGAACUACUCAAGCCAGGUGCUUCAUGUGCAGAGAUUGCGAAGGAGCUUAACGAAAUGUAUGAGGAGGAGAACCUGCUGCAGUACAGAACCUUUGGAUACGGUCAUUCAUUCGGAGUUUUGUGUCACUACUAUGGAAGAGAGGCUGGCCUGGAAUUGCGUGAAGAUAUUGACACUGUAAUAGAGCCAAAUAUGGUCAUUUCUAUGGAGCCAAUGGUGACAAUACCGGAAGGAAUGCCUGGAGCUGGGGGUUACAGAGAGCAUGAUAUAUUGGUUAUGAAGGAGGAUGGGGCAGAGAAUAUCACCAAUUUUCCCUUUGGUCCAGAGCAUAAUAUAAUAAAAGGCUAGUUGUUUUAAAGGGGUUACUAGCAUUUUGUACGGAUAAAGGGGAGGGAGAUCACCUUUUGAUCGAUCGAUUUUGGAUUAUAGAUAGAUAAUUGUAGUUUGAUUCUAAAUUUUUGGGGGUAUAAUCUUUAUGUUGAGCUAGAUAUCAUAUAUAAUUUUAGGAGUAUAAUUUUGCUAAUUCUAAAGAUUGUAGUGAUUUCUCUACUAAAAGAAUUGUAUAGUGCUUUUAGAGGAUGAAGCAUGCUCUUGAACUCGUUGUAAACGUUUUUGAUUUUUAUGAAUUUGAAUUAUCCGAUUGUUAUCAUUAUAGAGGCCGUAGCAAGUACAUUGCCGUUUUUGUAGAGAGUUUUCUAGUUCUUACAGAGGGGAUCAUGAUAAAAAAUCAGACUGAAGUUAGGACAAAGACUGAUUAUAGCAUUCUUACAUUCUUACAUUCUUACGAUUAUAGCAUAACAUUACAAUUCUAGGUUGAUAUACGAACAGGGAAGAAAUACAAUGACCAACUUUACUAGUACAUUGAGAAAUACCAACCGGGUGGUUAUCUGGCCGGGACAUUUCUAAAUUGUAGAAAGUAGAAUUUUACAAUACAUACAUGAACGAUUGUAAAAAUUAAGAAUGCAUAGUAAAAAGAAAUAGAAGAAAAACAGUGGACACAGCAGAUAAGAGAUAUUGAAUUUGGCAGGAUAAGAGUAAAGGAAUGAAGUUCUUUAAAUAA